AUGGCGUCUCCCAAUGAAGCUGACGACGACAAUUUUGGAUACAAAGAGGGGAAAAAAGAGUACAUGCUGGAGACUAUGCAAUGUUUGCUAUUUGCUAGAGAGAACCUCCCCGACGACGUGUACCACGAGUUUGUCAAGACCAUGACCGGCAUUUGGAAAAAACGUGCCGACCCUGAUGGUGAAAUAAGGAAUAUCUGCCCUGAAAACUGCAUAGAGACGGCCUUGAAGCUAUUCCAGGGCUGUCCUACAGUUAAACAGAGCUUCCUGAACUUUACCGAAGGCCGUAGCCCCUUCGAAGGCAAUGGCAAUGUCGAUGCCGUUGCUGUCAACCCCCUGGUGCAGAAACCAAUGGAUUUUCUUUCCAGAGUGAAGACAUGUCCUAACAUCAGCGACGAUGAUUAUGCUGCUUUUUUGCAAACCAUGCAAGAUUUUUGCAGGGACAGGACCAUGACCCCUCGAGAAGUUUACAGUAAUGUGGAGAGAUGCAUGCGUAACUGUCCCGAGCUGUUGGAAGAGUUUAUAGAUAAUUUUCUCCCGGCAGACCUGAAGGUCUUAGUUAAAGAAAAUGAUAAUCACAGCUUGGAUGGUGUCCAUAUGAAAGAAGGUAAUGGAGUGUCGCCUCACACUGAAGAGGACGAGGAAGACAAGGUUAAACGCUUGCCAGAAUGGACUACCUCAAGAAUUGAUGAAUUACCCCCAAAAUUGGAACCCAAGGAACUCAAAAGACAUUGCACUCCUAGCUAUUACCUGCUGCCAGAUAAUUGUACACCUCUAUUGAGUUACCGGACCAAACUGGGAAGGUCUAUUCUCAAUGAUGCUUUGAUUUGUCCUGUAUCUGAGGAGGAAAGCCCUAACCAUAAAGCUGCAAAUGAAUAUGAAGCAAAAAUGUUGCUUUGCGAAGAAGACAUGUUUGAGAGUGACAUGCUCCUGCAGUGGUUUAGUGUGACUGCAGACUUCAUUGCGAAUCUCCAACAUCGUGUUCGCAGCCAUGUUAAGAUUAAGGAACAACUAACUCCUCUACACAGGAGGUGCAUCAUAAGACUAUAUGGUGAGGAAUUUCUUGAAGCUCUGUUGGAUACCGACAAUGCUAGUGCUGCUCUCCCUGUUAUACUUUCUCGUUUGAAUCAGAGCAUAGUAGAAAUAAGGGAGUCACGAUUGCGUUUGCAUAAGACUUGCUCAGAAGUUAUAGCAAAAAAUUACUACAGAGCACUUGAUAAUCGCGGCCCCUGUUUCAAACAAUUGGAUGCAAAGAGAAUGAACCGAAAAGCUUUGCUGGCUGAAGCCAAAGAAAUCAAUGCAAUGAAGCCGAAGCCUGAAGAUCAAUAUGCCAAAGAAAUCAAUGCAAUGAAGCCUAAGGCUGAAGAUCGACAUGCCAAAGAAAUCAAUAAAAUGAAGCCAAAGGCCGAAGAUCAAUAUGCUAAUCCUGAUAUACACGAGGACAUAAGCAGUAUAAUCUCCUCUGCAUGCGCUUCUGAAGAGAAGCAGAUGGUGACUUGGACAAAAAUAGUACAUCCAUUUCUUUCUGCUCACUGUGCACAGCCUUCAUCAGAGGAAACUGUAGCUCCUGAAAAAGCUUGUGAACAUUGCGGCACCAGAAAAGAUAUUCUCAAUGACAAUCCUGAUGCUUUCACUGACAAUAAUCUUCCUCUAUCCUCCAAGAGAGGUGAAUUCGUAAGCAAAAAUUCCAAAGACUUUAGCUCUUCACACGAUGGUUCUGGUGCAGAUAUUGAGGAAGGCGAGUUCAUACCCGAUCGAGAAACCAUUAUAUUGGAUGUCAUGCGUGGUGCCGGAAAAGAACCAGUAAGUUGUGAUGUUGCUGGUUCUGUUAGAGAUGGGUUGAGCUCUCGUUGCCGCAUAAUCGAUACUUCCGAACCUAGUACUCGUGACCAUGGGGCCAAACAUGAAAAGCAGCAUGAAUCAAGGCAAACAUCUGCUAAACCACGUGGUGUGAAAGGAGGUACUUGUUGUUUCAUCGUUGUGCUUCGCAGGCUUUACCAGAUUUUAUAUAACAGACUACAGAAUGCGAGAUAUUUAUGCACCAGUGACGACCUAUAUGCAGAAUUUAAGGACAAACUCACCAAGCUGCAUUAUCGCGCUAUUGAUAAUUCCAAUUUUGAGGACUUCUGCCUGAAAUAUCUUGGGCCAAUGUCUUUUGAACUUUUUACUCUGGAUACAGUGAUAAACCAAGUUAUCAAGCAGCUGUGCAUAAUUUCUUCCAAGGAUCCAGACAACUCAAUCGUUCAAUUCCUGGAGAACUUACAAAGGCCAGUUCUACCCAAUGAAUUGCCGAAGCAUGAUCGAGAGGAGCAGGAGAAAGCUCUAGAUUAUACCGUAAAACUUCCACGCCAUUUUGAGAGACGGAAAAAACGCAAAUUGGAGAACAGCGCAACAGGUUCAUGUCAGCUUGGAGGAGUGACUGAAACUCAUCACUGA